AUGGCUCCCCGGAGCUUUACUUUAAGGUCCCUGCUGGUCGGUCUUGCUAUCGGUGCUUUAAUCACUUUUUCGAAUACCUACUUCGGCUUGCAAACGGGCUGGAUUAGUACGAUGGCUAUGCCGUCAGCACUAAUCGGAUUUUCGGUCUUUAAAGUGUUUUCGAAAUACCUCUCUUAUCCCUUUACGCCUAUUGAGAAUGUGUUGAUUCAAACGGUAGCCGGAGCUGUGGGGACGAUGCCUCUUGGAUGUGGGUUCGUCGGUGUCAUCCCCGCCUUGGAGUUCCUCAUAAGAGAUGGAGAAGAUGGCCCGUCAGGUGACGGUGGUACCGGAGAAGGCGGUCCUCUGAAAUUAAACUUUGGAAAGCUGGUUCUAUGGAGCUUGGGAGUGUGUUUGUUUGGCGUUGUUUUCGCCGUGCCACUGCGGAAGGAAGUCAUUAUUCGCGAAAAAUUGAGGUUUCCCAGUGGAACGGCGUCUGCGCUGAUGCUAAGGGUUCUGCAUGGGAGUGGGCAGAGCGAAAAAGGUGCAAAAGCGAGUGUUCGCUCUACAGAACACCAACAGGACGAGGAGGACAUACAGCCUCUGCUUUCGCGGGAUUCUGCAGAAAGGGGAAAUGUGUUCCAGCAGGAUACUAAGGACGCCGACAACCUCAGAAAAGACUGGAGGUCGAAAAUGCGUCUUUUGGUCGGCGCAUUUGGGCUUUCUGGCAUAUAUACACUAUUCUCAUACUUUGUACCCCAAGUCCGCGAUAUCCCAAUUCUGGGCCUCACGCUUGCCAACAACUGGCUAUGGACGCUCAACCCUUCACCGGCAUACGUUGGACAAGGAAUCAUCAUGGGGCCGUCGACCUGUGCGCAUAUGCUUUUUGGGGCUGUGUUAGGCUGGGGCGUUCUGUCUCCGCUUGCAAAAGCUCGCGGGUGGGCACCGGGGCCUGUAGACAGCUGGGAGGAUGGGAGCAAAGCAUGGAUUGUAUGGGUGUCUCUGGCGAUCAUGCUUGCAGACUCGAUUGUCAGCUUAGGCUGGCUGGUUUUGAAACCUGCCGUGCGAAGUGCGCCGAAGCUCAUAAAGAGGAUUUCGGACACCCGUAUCGGAAGUUGGAUUGCCUCGAAAAGCCCCAAAAUCCCCAGCCGCUCUUACCACUACUCCGCCUUAAGUCCUAUAACAGAAGUAUCAUCAAGCCCGAGCAGUCUUUUUCAAACUGGAACGGACCCGCAGCCGGAUGAGGAUGAGGAUGCACCUGCAUCUCAACUGAUUUCCAUGCGAACGGUGCUAAUCCUACUGCCGUUGACUCUGAUACUAAACGUCGUUUGUAUGCACAUUGUUUUUGGCGAUGUCAUAUCGCCCCUGCUUUCAAGCCUCGCCACACUUCUCGCUGUCCUUUUGUCAAUCAUGGGUGUGCGUGCGCUAGGCGAGACGGAUCUCAACCCAGUCUCCGGCAUCAGCAAGCUGACCCAGUUACUCUUCUCCCUCGCAACGCCGUCGUCUCAUUUCUCUAGACGCACUGCCUUGGUAACUAAUCUCCUUGCGGGCGCCGUAUCUGAGUCAGGCGCUCUUCAAGCCGGCGAUAUGAUGCAAGACCUGAAAACAGGACACCUCCUCGGCGCUAGCCCCAAAGCUCAAUUUUACGGUCAAAUGAUUGGCAGCCUUGUUGGCGCGGUCCUCUCCACAGCCGUCUACAAAAUGUAUGUCAAUGUUUACCCAGUUCCAGGCCCCCAGUUCCAAACGCCCACUGCAUACGUCUGGAUUUUUACUGCCCGCCUCGUCACCGGCCAAGGCCUGCCCCCUAUGGCUUGGGAAGCUUCCUCUAUUGCCGGCGUUGUUUUUAUAGCCAUUACCAUACUCCGAAUCGUCGCUGCGUCCCCUAUCGCCAAUGGAGGCCGACCCGCUGGCACGCCAGCCCCGUGGCGGUCCUGGGUCCCAGGUGGCAUCGCCGUCGCCGUAGGCAUAUUCAACGUACCAUCAUUUACACUCGCACGCGCCAUUGGCGGCCUCAUCGCGUGGUGGUGGUCUCGCGCCCACGCGGUCAGGAAAGAUGAUACCAAACCGGAGAGCGAACCCGGACAAACGGACCAGUCGGACCAAGCAGCCGGAAACGAAGACCGGCCCCUUACCACCACUUCACGUGGCAAACCUUCUUCGCCGGCAACUGGUGACAGCGAUGACGAUGCGGAUGCUGCUUCGUCCAGUGUUGUCGUCCUGGCUUCCGGUUUGAUUCUGGGCGAGGGCAUCAUGAGUAUCGUGAACCUUCUUUUAGCCAGCGGAAGCGUUCCCCAUCUUUGA